GAUCAUGGACGACUGCGUUGUUGAGUGAAGAAUUGGUAACACUGGACCGCUGACACCUCCAUCUACUGUCCACUAACCAUGGGAAGCGCAGAAGAAAUGCACGGAUGGACAGUAAAAAUGAGCACGCCGGGCGUUUUGGCUGUAGUGACGUUCUUUUCUAUGCUUCCUGGCGGUGUGCUCAGCGAUAUGAGAUGUACUCAGGGUCUGGAAGCCCAACAAUUUGCCCAGGGGUCCACUCAUCUGCACCGUCGCCUGAAGAGAGGCUGGAUCUGGAAACAGCUGUUUGUCCCAGAGGAAGAUCCCACUCCUCGUGUUAUUGGCCAGCUCAAAUCUGAUUCCGACCGAGGCGAGUUUUCUAUCAAGUACAUAUUAUCAGGGGAAGGCGCCGGAGAUGUGUUUGAGAUAGAUGAGUAUUCUGGUGAGAUCCGGACUCUGAAGAAGCUUGAUCGUGAGGAGAAGGCUUUUUACAUCCUUCAAGCCCAGGCUAUCAACAGGAGGUCCAACGAGCCAGAGGAGCCCCAGUCAGAGUUUAUCAUCCAGGUGCAAGACAUCAAUGACAAUGUCCCCCAGUUCCAGAAUGAACCAUAUGUGUCCAGCAUCCCCGAGAUGUGUCCAACUGGGACCAGAGUGGCCCAGGUGACAGCCACAGAUGCUGAUGAUCCCCUGUUCGGAAACAACGCCAAGCUCAUCUACUCCAUCCUGCAGGGGGAGCCCUACUUCUCCGUGGAGCCAAAGACGGGGAUUAUUGUAACAUCCUGGCCAAACAUGGACCGUGAAGCCAGGGAGCAGUACCUGGUGGUGGUGCAGGUGAAGGAUAUGCUGGGCCUGAGCGGCGGCUACUCCUCCUCCACCACAGUUACCGUCAGCCUGACUGAUGUCAACGACAAUGGACCCACGUUCCAGCACCACCUCUACACCUUCGCAGUCCCUGAAAACGCAGCCGUGGGAACCACAGUGGGCAGGAUUAUGGCGGAAGAUGGAGAUGUUGGCAUCAACGCCAGAAUGACCUACACCCUGGAUGACGACCUGGAGGAGAGCGCCACUUUCAUCAUCCAAACAGACCCAGUGACGCAGGAGGGGGUGGUUGUGCUCACCCAGCCUUUGGACUACGAAACAAAGAGGCGCUACGUAAUGGCUGCAGAGGCCGUUAAUGACCACGUGGACACUCGAUUUCUGGCUCUGGGGGAGUUCAGGGACAGGACGACGCUCAAGAUCAUCGUGGAGGACGUGGACGAGCCGCCCGUCUUCAUCUCACCGGUCUACGAGUGGAAAGUUCCUGAAAAUGCCGCCGUGGGAACCGUGCUCGGCAGCGUCAGCGCCAGGGACACUGACACAGUCAGCAACGCCAUCAGGUAA